UUCUCAUUUCAAACCUAGAAUCCACCGCCAUGGACAAAGAAAACCUCGUCGCCGGAGAUCCAAGAAUCACCUCCAGCUUCCCCGCCGUCAAGACCCAUGUUCCUGCUCGCAAGCGCUCUCUCGAAUCCCUCUCGCCGAUCCCCUUCUUGAGAUGUAGCAACGCGAUCCGGGUUCCGCUUUCUGAGAUUCAAACCUCUGAUGAACCGAUCAAAGAUCAGCCGCUACCUCCGAGUGCCCUAGAUGAGGAGCUCGAUGAUUCCUUUCUUCAAGAAAUCGAUGCUAUAUGCGAGCAGAAAUCCGCGGCGAAGGAGCAGAAGCCGGAGAAGCGUUGGGGUUUUGUUGUGGAUAAGUACCAUGAGUACUUGCAGAAGUUGAAUGAUGAGCAGAGGGAGGCAGCUUGCGCUGAUAUUUCUGUUCCUUUGAUGAUCAUUGCAGGCCCUGGAAGCGGGAAGACAUCAACUAUGGUUGGUCGUGUCCUUACACUGCUUCAAGAGGGUAUUGCGCCGGCCAACAUCCUGGCGAUGACUUUCACAACAGCUGCAGCAUCAGAGAUGAGGGAUCGGAUUGGGUUGGUGGUCGGGAAGGAGGUGGCGAAGGAGCUCUCAAUCAGCACAUUUCACUCAUUCUGUUUGCAGCUCUGCCGGUCACAUGCAGGAAAGUUGGGCCGUACGUCUGAGUUUUUAAUUUAUGGGCAUGCGCAGCAAAGGAGAGCAGUUAUUGAGGCUCUGCGGCUAGCAGAGAGUGAAUAUCAGGAUGGACAAGACAAAAUUCACAAGUUUGAGAAGACUAAUGGUGAUUGCAAUGCCCAAGCUUUUAAAGAGAAGUCAAAAAAGUGGCAAAAGUUUGUUACCCAGGCAAAAGCUUCUGGGAGAAUUCCUGAAGAUUCUGAAAAAUUGGGUGAUAAAAUAGGAGCAGCAAUUCUUCGAAAUUAUAGCCACAUCCUGGCCUCAUGCAAUGCUUUGGAUUACCAUGACUUUAUUAGCUCUUCUGUGAAAUUGCUCAGUGAUUUCCCUGAAGUGUAUCAGGAGUGUUUAGGCACAUGGAAAGCUAUACUAGUGGAUGAGUUUCAGGAUACCAGUUCUAUGCAAUACUGUUUAUUGAGGAUUUUGUCUUCUCAUGGGCAUGUAACCAUUGUGGGUGACGAAGAUCAGUCCAUAUACAGUUUCAAUGGUGCUGAUAUCUGUGGAUUCAAUUCAUUUCGUGAAGAUUUUCCAACUCACAAAGAGAUCCGAUUGACAAAGAAUUAUCGCUCUACUGGGUGUAUUGUUGCAGCUGCAUCAUCACUUAUCUAUAAUAAUGCCAAGCGUUGCAAACUAAAGCAAGUUGAAACAGAUAAUUCCAUUGGCUCUAAAAUAAUUGUUAAAGAAUGCCACAGUGAAGAUUCAGAAUGUGCGUAUAUUGUGGACAAAAUCUUGGAAACAACAUCUCAAAAUUUAACUGACAAGUGUUCCUUUGGUAAAAUAGCAAUUCUUUACCGAAGACAGGUAUCUGGCAAAGCCUUUCAAAUGUCCUUCCGGAACAGAAAAAUUCCCUUCAAUGUUCAUGGUGUUGCAUUUUAUAGGAAAAAGGUUAUCAGAGCCAUUAUGUCCAUACUUAGAACAACACUGCCUGGUUGUGAUGAUAACUCGUUUCAAAGGGCAUUUAAGGCACUUUUGCCAAUUGACAAAGAAGAGAAGAAAAAGAUUAUUGAAUAUGUUGAGAAAGUAUCUACUGUCAGGAAUUGUAGCUUUAUAUCAGCUGCCGGUGAGAUCUUUGACGCAAAGAUUUCUGGUACUUUCAAAAGGACUCAACUCACUCAUGGACGGAAGGUUUUGUCUACAUUAAGUAUGCUCACAAGGCUUGUUCAAAGUGAAAAGUCUAUCUCAGUGGUUAUCUCUUCUACAGCAAAUUUGCUACCCCAGAAAUAUCUUCUUGAACAACGUGCCGUGGUUGAUGCGGAAGGGGGGAAGCUACUAAAUGAAGAUAAUGAUCUAAGAUCUGUCCUCCAAUUCCUGUUGGAUGAUGUUUCCAAUUUCUUAACUGCACAUUUUACUGAUGUAGAUGGAGAAUCUAAAAUAGAAGAAAAAGGUUGCCUUAAUAUUCUUAAGGCAUUCAUAGAUUACAUAUCCGAGAGAGAAGCUGAAAAUUUUCGAUCUCGAAGGCAAGAAAAUGAGAAUUCUGUUACAUUGACUACCAUUCACCAGUCAAAAGGUUUAGAAUGGGACAUAGUAUUUAUUGUGAAGGCAAAUGACUCUGAAAUUCCUUUGUUGCAUGAGUUCAACGGCAUGGUAAAGAAAAGUGGAUCAAAUCUAGAGGAAGAGCGCAGGCUAUUUUAUGUUGCAAUGACACGAGCUCGCAAGAAGUUAUACAUCUCCUACAUUAUUAUGGGUGCUUAUUGUCAGUUGUUACAGCCUUCUCGCUUUCUCAAAGAAAUUCCACAGCACCUCCUAGAAAUUCAGGCUGAGGCCACUGUAAAAGAAAUAGGAAAAUCUCCAGAUUUAGCUAAUUUUGGUUCACCACAACGUGAGCCACCCAUUGAGGUUGAUCAUGAGAGAACUCUAAAUGUUCGACAAGUCAAAAGCAUUCCAUCUGUUUUGGAUGAACCGACUGAGAUAUGCCGUGGAAACAACUUCUUGCAAAGGUUCAAAUUGGAGGAGCGAACCAUUGUAUCUCAUUUGUUUCAUCAAUGGGCCAAAAAACAAGCAUUUCAACAUCCCAAACGGCUGCUUGAUAAGGUCUGCUUUGUAAUUGAUGAGCGUUUGACGAGCAAAAUGAACAAGCACAAGGAUACUCUGCGUUCUCUCAAAUCAUGUUUAAAUGAUGAUGAAGCUUUCCAAUAUGCACAAUAUGUUCUAAGAUGGGAGAAAAUUCCAAUUGACCAGCGUACUCACUUAAUGCGGGAAAAACAGGAGCAUUUUCAGAAACAACGAAUUGAAACCUCAAUGGGAUCAUUGGAAGCUACUCCUAAGCAGAUUGCUUACCUACAUAAGCUGGGUUGCACAAUCGCACCUUCUUCCCGUCUUCAUGCUUCAAGGCUAAUAGAGCAAUAUAAAUCUUUGUGAACAAGGAUGACCAUUGAUCAUGCACGGGAGAAACUAACAAACUGCAUUU